AGCGUAGGAAAUUUGCGGCUGAAGUAGUGUAUUGGAAAUACAUUGAUCGUUCAUUGGUCAAUGAAGUAGAGAAAAAAUUGUUUAUGAAAAUAUAAAAAUUUGACUAAAAUAAUUAUUAUAAAUAUUAACGUUCAUUCAACAGAAGCCGGAAGGUGGCGGAUAGAAUAAAGUACGGCAGCGCUAUCUACAUCGUUGGGACGAGCAAGCGUGGCUAAUCAAAGCACCAAAAGGAAAAUGAGCAGUUCUGAGGAGGUAUCCUGGAUUUCGUGGUUUUGCAAUCUUAGAGGCAAUGAAUUUUUUUGUGAGGUCGACGAGGACUAUAUUCAGGACAAGUUUAAUUUAACUGGAUUAAAUGAGCAAGUACCACAUUAUAGGCAAGCAUUAGAUAUGAUACUUGAUCUUGAACCUGCUUGUUUCUAUCCUGUAGAUGAUGAAUUGGAUGGCCAUCCAAAUCAGUCUGAAUUAAUUGAACAAGCAGCAGAGCUUCUUUAUGGACUGAUUCAUGCACGUUACAUUCUCACUAAUCGUGGCAUUGCUCAAAUGAUUGAAAAAUAUCAAGCUGGAGACUUUGGUCAUUGCCCACGUGUAUAUUGUGAAUCCCAACCUAUGUUGCCUCUGGGUCUUAGUGAUGUUCCUGGAGAAGCAAUGGUUAAAAGUUAUUGUCCAAAGUGUAUGGAUGUUUAUACACCCAAAAGCUCUCGACAUCAUCAUACUGAUGGAGCAUAUUUUGGAACAGGGUUUCCCCACAUGCUUUUUAUGGUUCACCCAGAAUAUAGACCUAAACGUCCAACAAAUCAAUUUGUACCUAGGUUAUAUGGCUUUAAAAUUCAUCCUCUAGCAUAUCAGUUUCAACAACAGUCUGCAUCAACAUUUAAAGCACCAUUGCGAGCUGUUAAUUAUAAUAAUGGAAAACGUUAAGAACAUUGCAACAUAGUCUAGAACAUUUUUUCAUUACUCAAAAUACAAUUCCUAAUUUCGUCCCUAAGGAUUAAAUAAAAUAUUAUUUUUUA